AUGCCGGCCGCGCGAGUGGACUACAUCGCGCCCUGGUGGGUCGUGUGGCUGCACAGCGUCCCCCACGUCGGCCUGCGCUUGCAGCCCGUGGACAGCACCUUCAAUCCCCGCGACGAGAGCUACCAGGAGUCGCUGCUGUUCCUGGGGCUCGUGGCCGCCGUGGGCCUUGCGCUGAACCUCCUCUUCCUCGCUGUUUACCUGGUCUGCUCGUGCUGCUGCCGGCGGGAUGAUGGCGGCCAGACCAAGCAGCUCGGCUCCUACUGUGUCACCUGGACGGCCGUGGUGGCCGGGCUCGUCUGCUGUGCUGCAGUUGGCGUCGGCUUCUAUGGAAACAGCGAGACCAACGAUGGGGUGUCCCAGCUGAUCUACGCCCUGAACGAUGCUAACCACACCUUCUCCGGGAUUGAUGCUCUGGUUUCCGGAACCACCCAGAAGAUGCAGCUGGACCUGGAGCAGCACCUGGCCCGGCUCAGCGAGAUCUUCGCGGCUCACGGUGACUACAUCCAGACCCUGAAGGUCAUGCAGCGGAUGGCCGACACCAUCACCACCCAGCUGUCGGGGCUGCCCGUGUGGGAGGGCGUCACUGCCGAGCUGACCGAGGUGUCCAGCCAGACGAACUUCGUGGAGUACUACAGGUGGCUCUCUUACCUCCUGCUCUUCCUGCUGGACGUGGUCAUCUGCCUCAUUGCCUGCCUGGGGCUGGCCAAGCGCUCCAGGUGUCUGCUGGCCUCGAUGCUGUGCUGUGGGGUCCUGACCCUGCUUCUCAGCUGGGCCUCCCUGGCCGCCGACACGGCCGCUGCGGUGGGCACCAGCGACUUCUGCAUGGCUCCUGACGCCUUCCUCCUGAACGUCACGCAGGGCCACGUCAGCACAGAGGUGACCCGCUACUACCUGUACUGCAGCCAGAGCCUGACCAGCCCCUUCCAGCAGACGCUGACCAUCUUCCAACGCUUGCUGACCACCAUGCAGAUGCAGACCUCCCGGCUGCUGCAGUUUGCGGUGCCCCUCUUCCCCACGUCAGAGAAAGACCUGCUCCAGAUCCAGCUCCUGCUGAACAACUCCGAGGCCAGCCUCCACCAGCUUACAGCCCUCCUGGACUGCCGAGGGCUGCACAAGGACUACCUGGACGCGCUCACGGGCAUCUGCUACGACGGCAUCGAGGGCCUGCUCUACCUGGGCCUCUUCUCGCUCCUGGCCGCCCUGGCCUUCUCCACCAUGAUCUGCACGGGGCCCCAGGCCUGGAAGCACUUUACCACCAGGAACCGGGACUAUGAUGACAUCGAUGACGAUGACCCCUUCAACCCGCAGGCCCGGCGCAUCGCCGCCCACAACCCUCCCCGGGGCCCCCUUCACAGCUUCUGCAGCUACAGCAGCGGCCUGGGCAGCCAGACCAGCCUGCACCCCCCCGCCCAGACCAUCUCCAACGCCCCGGUCUCCGAGUACAUGAACCAAGCCGCGCUGUUCGGUGGGAACCCGCGCUACGAGAACGUGCCGCUCAUCGGUCGAGCCUCCCCGCCGCCCACGUACUCCCCCAGCAUGAGGGCUACCUACCUGUCUGUGACAGACGAGCACCUGAGACACUAUGGGACCGAGUAUCCAGCCUAA